AUGGAAGAGUUUGAUUUAGUCAAUAACAACUGGUUUGUAAAAAUGUUUGAGUUGCGCAGAUUUUGGAUACCAGCCUAUUUCAGAGAUGUUCCUAUAGGUGGUUUAUUGAGGACUACAUCACGCUCAGAAGGUGAAAAUGGUGUUUUUAGUCGAUUUACUAUACCUCUCUCUAGUCUUGUCCAGUUUUAUAUGCAGUUUGAACAUGCUUUGGACUCUCAAAGACACAAUCAUGCAAAACUUACAAGUGAUAGUGAGAGGAACAUCCCAGAAAUGAAGACACAUUUGCCCAUUGAAAAACAUGCUUCAACUGUAUACACACACUCUAUUUUAUAUGAUAUUCAGAAGGAAAUAUGCACAACAUGUUUUAAUUGUCGAGUUUUGAGUGUUCGAGAAGAUGGUGACAUACUAUAUUAUGAGAUCAAAGAUGACAGUGAUAGAAAGUUUACUGUGGAGCACAAUGUAACUGAAAAGAAAGCUCAACACUUUUGUGGUUUUAAGGAUUUGAACUUUGAUAAAAUCCCUAUGAAAUAUGUGUUGAAUCGAUGGACUAAGGAUGCAUCCUUAAAGCCUAUAUUCCAUAUUGAUGGUCUCACAUUUGAUCAAGGUGCAAGAAUGGAUGAGAGGAAGGUGUUAUUGGCACAAUUGUGGGGUGAUAUGCAGUGUUGUAUUGGUCUAGCAGAAGAAGCAAAAAUGGAUAAAUUGAUUGAAUUUUCACAAGUGAUUAAACAACAAAAAUUGAUACUGAUGACAGAACAAGCUGAUUUAUCUCCUAUUCAUAGGAAGAAUGUAGUUAUAGAGUCUUAUUGUGAGUCACCUAAGCCUUCCGAGAUCUCUAUUCUACCAUCAAGAAAAGAAAAAAAUAAGGGCGAUGGUAAGCGUAUGAAAGGGAAAAAAGAGUUAGCAAUGGAUGCAUCAAAGAAAGGUUUAAGAAAAUGCCAUACAUAUGAUGUAUACUUAGAAAAUGACAACCGACAUGACAUUAAGAACUGGCCACUUAGAAAGGAAUUAACAGAUGAAGAAGAUUGA